AUGGGCAAUUAUUUUUCAAAAAAGGAAACUUUUGAAAAUCAAGUUUUAGCUAUGGAGUCCAGAAUUGCUAAUAUGGAGUCCAGAAUCAAUAGCUCUAAAACUCGUCUUCAUAAUAAUUAUAUAAAAAUUAUUUUUUAUUUUAUUAUUAUAGAAAUUAUUUUAGCAUAUUCUUUAUACACCAUAUUUUUUUCAUCCGACACUUUGUCUGAAAAGGCAAUGUGUUUUGUCUAUUCAUUAUUAAUUUCCAUUGGAUUCUACAGUUUUGCUAAAUUAUAUAGAUUUACAUUUGGUCUCGAAGAAUUAUUCGAAGAAAGAAAACGUGUGACCGAUUAUGAGCACACUAAAAAGCUUUUGGAGAAUUAUGAACUUUUUAAGAAAAAAAAAUAUUUUAAUAGAAUAGAACUUAGUAGUGAUAAAUAUAGAAAAUAA